CGGCAGAUCUUCGGCUCCUUGCUUAAGCUCAACAGUUGGAUAAUGACAUUAGGGGACCUUUGGGUCGGCCCAUAUUGAGAUUAGCUGACAAAGUUCUAACUUCUAAAAACCAAAAGUAAGCUUGAGUACAGUACUACGGGUCGUUUGAAGACUAGCGCGAACAUAAAGAUGCCGUUCAAAUACGGUGGUAAAUUAAAAUUAGGGAAUCUCCUUUGAUCGGGAAAUCUAAAAGGAACAUGCCUCAGAUUCCUGAAUCAUCCAAAAGUCGAAAACGCCUUCGCCAGGAAGAAGAAGAAGAGAUUCGAGCUGAAACUAGCGAUGCAGAUCAGACGCUAUCACUUGAAGAAAGCCUCAUAUUUAGUGAUACGUUGAUGGCGCUACGUAUAAUUCGAGCUCAGUUUCCCAGCAUUGACAAGGUCUCAAUUCGGCCCUUCAUUUUGCGUUCACAAUUGUACAGCUGCGUGAAGGACAGAACUCAAGUAGAUAGAGAGUUAGAGUCUUUACUAAGGGAGAAAGUAUUGCGCAUUUUUAAACUAAACACUGGACAAGAUGAUCAUGCCAUAAUGUUUUUGGAUGACUACCUAAGCCAGAUAGAACAUGUCAUGAAAAGAAUGGAGGAAAAGAAGCAAGGUGAUCUUGAAGUUUUUGGCUGGUUUAGAACUCAUGUUAUUGAUGUCAAGCUGGAACAUAGUAUUCACCAUCAAGAGCUUUGCUCACUCUUAUCUAAUGGAGGAAAAGUCAAGGAUGAUCACAUCUCCCUUUUGAUCAAUGCUGGGCUUCUAACUCGCCAACUGAUUGAUCCAAACGUGUUUUGGUUUGCAGUUCCAAAUAUCGGUUCAGUACUCAAGGGCCUUUCUCAGGGGAGAAAGGAACUCCUAUCUUUUCUAAACCGGAGGAGAUAUAAAGAAAUUAUGUUGGCCUCUCUGGAAAAGAAGCGUCUUCGAUUUUCUCCCAUGGAUAUGAGAUUUCACCUUCGUGACCUGAUCGGUUCAGGGCAUCUCACUACUGUCAAUACACCGACUGGCUUAGUUGUUCGGGUUUCGAAGGAUUAGAGCUCAUGACUCCCAGCUCCAAAUGGAUUCACAUAACUUCUCAAUUCUUGUCAAUUGCCGGUUAGCAGUGAGAACGAAGAAAAGAUUAUGCAAUCAGAUGCAUUGGCACGAGUUAAUGCAAAGUAAAUCAUAUGAACUCCCUGCUAUUCCAGCAAGCUUUACUUAUCAUCUGUCCAAUUCUUCGUGAGACUAAUUUUCUAGAAUUAUGUGGUCUGCUAUGUAUUUUUAUUUUGGCAAAAAAAUAUUAAAUUUUGCUUAUUUAAAGUUUCAUAAAAAGCCGAGGGCUUAUUUAGAUUUUCUUUUUUUUUUUCCCUUUUAAAUAUAAGAUAUAAGAUUGCUUAAAACUAUAUUGAAAAAGUGUUGGACAGGGAUAUUACUUAUAUAAAUUUUAUGAUUUUUUUAGUUAAA